AUGGAUAAAUAUCUUAAUAAAAGACCUCGAGUUUCUAUCGGUUCUUCUAGUGCUAAUGUUGAGCAAGAACCACAACAAUUGGGAAAUAAUGUGGUAGUUGAAAAUAAUCCGGACGAGAUUGAAAUUGAUAAAGAGAAAAUUAAAGCCGACCCCGGAUUACGAGACUCUAUGGAUAGUUUUGAUGUGAAUAUUCGGGAUCGUAUUCCUAGAGAAUAUGUUGCCAAAGUCUGUGGAUCUUCUUGCAAAAGGGCAGAUAUACUCCGACAAAAUGAAUAUGAUAGAAUGGUUGAAAUGAUUGAGAAAGGGGAAAUCAGUUCAGUCAAAGUACUUGAAACAGUAUUUGAAGAUGGGGUUGAUCCAGAAAUAAGUGGCAAAUCUAAAGGGUUGCUUCAAAAGAUGGAAAAUUUUGAUUUUGUGUUUCUCAUGAUGUUGAUGAAACGCUUGUUGGUGACUGUGAAAGAGGACUUGCAAGCAUUUCGAGAAUCUGGAUGGGAUGAUUUCUUGCAAGAAGUGGAAGCAUUUUGCCGGGCAAAUGAAAUUGAUGUUCCUAUCAUGGACGACAUUGUUCCAAGACGUAUUCGCAUGAAGAAUGAUGGAAAAACUAUUGCAAACUAUCAUUAUUAUCGUGUUGAAAUUUUUUGUCAGGUUGUUGACUUAAUUAGUCAAGAAAUGAGGAAUCGUUUUUCUGAAUCCAGCACCGACUUACUUGAAUGUAUGGUAUGCCUUGAUCCAAGAAAUCAUUUCUCCAAUUUCAAUGUCGAUAAACUUGUUCAUCUUUCCACUCUUUAUCCGGAAGACUUUUCAUCCAUGGAGCUUAGCUUGUUAACUCAAGAACUUCGAAGUUUCGUGAGUGAUGCAAGAACAGAUACACGUUUCUCAGAUGUUGAAGAUUUAGGAACUCUUUCACAGAAGAUGGUUGAAAUGAUGAAAGAUAAGAUUUUCAAAUUGGUUUAUCGAUUGAUAAAAUUGGUCUUACUUUUACCAGUAGCGACAACAUCUGUUGAAAGAGUGCUUUCUGCAAUGAAAUUUGUGAAGUUAGAGCUGCGAAAUAAGAUGGGAGAUGACUGGUUAAACGGCAGUUUGAUGGUAUAUAGCGAGAAUGAGGUGUUUGCAACUAUUCUCAAUGAAAUGAUUUUGAGUCGUUUUCAGAAAAUGGGUACUCGAAGAAGCCAACUAUCUCGCAUAGCAUAA